CCAAACUACCAGUUUCUUAAAAAGUUCCUGGAGUACCUGAGAAAGUGGGAAAGCCACGCGAAAUCUACUGUGAGUGGCUUUCUGAGUUCUAGCACAGCAGAAGGGCUACAUGUGACAAUUGAAAGCACGCUACAUCUGCUUGACUACAUCAACACAAUCGGGUUUAAAUAUAUAAUGACAGCGAAUUUGAGCCAGGACAGGCUUGAGAACCUGUUUGGCGUCGUUCGACAGUCAUCUGGUGCAAACGAUCACCCUACUGCUGCCCAGUUCUUAAUCACAGUCAAUGCACUCGCAUUUUACAAUCUAGCCAGGCCACCCAAGUCAGGCAACUGCUCUCCAGAACUGAUCAGCUCUCUCAUUUCAAACGUUGGAUCAGAGCUGCACAAGGAGCGAGCGAUAGACAUUUUGGACGGGCUGAUCGACAAAGGAAAGCUUAAUGACGCAGAAGAAGCACUCAGCUCUUGCACGCCGUCAGACCACAGUGCUUACGUAACAGAAAAAAGCAAUGACUUGCUUAUUUACUACAUUGCUGGAUAUGUAGUCAGAAAGACAGUGAACAAGACUUCAUGUGAGGUUUGUGUAUCCUUCCUGCAAACUGACCAGUACACCGCCAUGGAAGAGGAUCAGGCUUCGUCAUUUACAGCCCACUUCGACAAUGGAGGUUUGAUGUACCCAUCUGGCCCCCUUAGGAACCUUAUAACUCUCCUUGAAGAUAGUUUCACAACUUAUUUCAGCUUACACAAGCUCCACUCCAGGAGCAUUAAGGACUUCUUUUCCUUCUUGGUGAAAGUAGAGUUUCCCACAUUAGGUUGUCUAGCACAUGAACACACCAUAACAACAGGUGUAAUCAAGUAUUAUGUACUUCUGCGUUUUCGAUUUUACACGAAGGCGCUCAACAAUGACAGGAUGGCGAAACAGGAGCGUAUGAAGCUACUGAAAGAAUGGAGGCUGAAGUAA